CCCUUCCCCAGGUGUUGCGGAGGCGACGCCCCCCCCGUGCGCUCGCCUGGCCGCGGAGCGCCUAGCCCAGGGGCGCAGUGCUGCCGCCGCUGGUGCGCAGGGAGCUGCUGGCUGCACCGUGGAAUGUGCGGUAUGCGGGGGCCAGAAGCAACCAUUCGGCGGGACAGGGGCGGCCGCCGCCUGCUCCUCCGGGGUCCCGCGCAGCGGGCGGCAGCCGAGCGCCCCUGCGCAGAGCAGAGCGGCCAGGGCAGGAGGCGGCGGCGUGCUGGGCAGGCCGGGCGCAGGGGCCGGGCGCAGAGCCGGCUGUGGGCUGUCUCCUGCGGCGCUGCUCUCUCUCUGGGCGGUGGUUGAGGCCGCUGGUAGGUGGGAUCGGCUCUGCCGCUGCUGGGGAAGCGCCCGCUGCUGCUGCCGCCGCCGCCAGAUCAAUGAACUCUCUUCGGUCGCGGCGGCUGCUGCUCGUACGGUAGGCGCUGCGCGGCUGAUCCCCGGAGCGGAAGGGGGAGAGAGGCGUCGUCGUGCGCGGAACUCCGGCUCGGAGGCAGCAGCCGCCGCCGCCGCCGGGGAGGGAGGGAGGCACCUCGCCCCGCACCGCAGCCGCCCCUGCGCGCAAGUUGGCACAAAACUUGCUGCCCAUCCCGAGGGGAAGCUGGGGCUUAGGCGGGGCGAUGAUUUUCCCCAAUAGCAGCAGUAACCCGGCGGGCGGCAGCAGGACUCCCUAUAGGAAACAGCCGUCCAUUGUACCAUCCCACCCAAUGGCUCCUCCUAGCCCCAGCACCACCAGCAGUAAUAACAACAGCAGUAGCAGCAGCAACUCAGGUUGGGAUCAAUUAAGUAAAACAAACCUUUACAUAAGAGGACUGCCUCCAAACACCACUGACCAGGACCUGGUAAAACUAUGCCAACCAUAUGGGAAAAUUGUAUCCACAAAGGCUAUUUUGGAUAAGACAACAAACAAAUGCAAAGGUUACGGUUUUGUAGAUUUUGACAGCCCAGCAGCUGCUCAGAAGGCUGUUUCCGCUCUGAAGGCUAGCGGAGUCCAAGCACAGAUGGCAAAGCAACAAGAACAAGAUCCAACUAACUUAUAUAUUUCCAAUUUGCCGCUGUCGAUGGACGAGCAGGAGCUUGAGAAUAUGCUUAAGCCAUUUGGGCAAGUUAUCUCUACAAGGAUACUUCGUGAUUCCAGUGGCACAAGUCGUGGUGUUGGCUUUGCAAGGAUGGAAUCAACAGAAAAAUGUGAAGCAGUGAUUGCUCAUUUUAAUGGAAAAUUCAUUAAGACACCACCGGGAGUUUCUGCUCCUGCAGAACCUUUAUUGUGCAAAUUUGCAGAUGGAGGACAGAAAAAGAGACAGAAUCAGAACAAAUAUAUACAGAACGGGAGAGCGUGGCAUAGAGAAGGCGAGGUGAGACUUGCUGGAAUGACGCUUACUUAUGAUCCAACUACAGCUGCUUUACAAAAUGGAUUUUAUCCUUCCCCAUACAGUAUUGCAACAAACAGGAUGAUCACUCAAACAUCUAUUACGCCAUAUAUUGCUUCUCCGGUUUCUACGUACCAGGUUCAGAGUCCUUCUUGGAUGCAACCUCAACCAUAUAUAAUGCAGCACCCCGGUGCUGUAUUGACUCCCUCCAUGGACCACACCAUGUCACUACAGCCUGCAUCAAUGAUAAACCCUCUGACACAACAGAUGAGUCACCUUUCAUUAGGCAGUACUGGAACAUACAUGCCAGCCACAACAGCUAUGCAAGGAGCCUACAUACCCCAGUAUACACAUGUUCAGACAGCAGCUGUUCCUGUUGAGGAAGCUAGUGGUCAACAGCAGGUUACAGUAGAGACGUCCAGUGACCAUUCUCCAUAUACGUAUCAGCAAAACAAAUAACUGAGAUACCCAGUGUUGACCUUGCCUGGAGAAGGGUGCAAAGGCUGAAACAAUCAUGGAUUUUACUGAUCAAUUGUGCUUUAGGAAUUAUUGACAGUUUUGCACAGGUUCUUGAAAACAUUAUUUAUAAUGAAAUCAACUAAAACUAUUUUUGCUAUAAGUUCUAUAAGGUGCAUAAAAAAAAUCCUUAAAUUCAUCUAGUAGCUGUUCCUGUGAACAGGUUUAUUUUAGUAAGAAAAUUUUUAUCAAGUGUUAUGACGCAAUUUUUUUUUUUUUUUUUUUUUCAAAUUUCUGGGUAUGCACAGAUGACCACGAAGACUUAUUUACGUGCAUGGCAGAAUUUGUAUUUUGGGUUUUUUUUUGUUUGUUUUUGUUUUUGUU